UCUAAAAUAUUUGGAUGCUCUAAUUCCAGAUUAGUCUUCUGGGUUUCACAUAUCCAGAAUCGAUCAAAAGCUCCUUCGAUCUUCCCCUUGCGUCGUUUCAUUAUUAAAAUCUUGAAGAUGGGAGAUGAAACAGUUGAUGGCGUUGAAGCCAAGUACAUAUCUGGUCUCAGUACCAUAAUGGUUGCUACAAUCCAAGAAGCUAAGGAUCGGAUAUCUCAGAUCGAGUACAUUUUUUGUAGCCAGUUAUUCCCAAAUUUUCAAUCUAAAUCUAAAGCUUUUGAAAAGGUUUAUUCAGAAGCUCGUCUUGCUGCUUGUGAUACUUGGAAAGAGAGAGAGAAAAAUCUGGUGUCCCAGAUUGAGGAGCUUAAGGUAGAGAAUCAGAAAAUUAAGUCUGAGAAUCUGGGUUUGAUCAAGGAUAAGGAGAAGCUAGCUGAACAGCUUGUUAAUACUGCUUCUAUGCCUCUUAGAUUGAAGAGUCUAGAAGAUUACAUCGAUCAUUUGAAAAAGAAGCACAAAAGUAGAUCUAAGGAAGUUAAUGAUGCAAGAGAUUUGCAUUAUAGGUUAGUUCAGUUGUUACAGGUUAAGGGGUCGGAUGAGCUCAGCGAAGAUGCCAUCAGUAUGAUUCUUUCCGAAGUGAGGAGCCUCAAGGUGAAGGCUGAGGAUGUUUCGAAGAAGACAUUGGUGACUGAGAAUCUUCUGAAGAAACUUGAGUAUCUGUCUGCAGAAGUAGCAGACAGUGAAAGGAAGUUAAGCAGCGUUGAAGAGGAGAAACAAAGAUUGAUAACUAGGUCGCAUGUUUUCGAGGAGAAUGUUGGUAGACUUGAAGAGCUACUUAGGCAGAAGAGCGAUGAGCUUGAGGAACGAAAGACGGCUCUUGAGGUUUUGCAGGGUAGACUCAACUUGACAGAGAGGGAUUUGUUAGAGUGUAAACAGAAGAUUGCAGAUUACGAGAAAGAACAGAGAGUGGUUAUGGGUAAAGCAAAAGAUGAUAGACCUAUGAUGGAGGCCAGAUAUGGAAGCUACUUGGCUGACUUAGAAGCAUUACGUUGCCAGAGUGAGAAGAAAUCAUCUGAGUUAGCUAUGGAGAGAAAUAAAAGAAAAGAACUUAAAAUUUCUUACAAGAAGCUGAUGUCCCAGUAUAGUUUUCUCUGCAAAAGGUUUGGUCUUCCUACUAACAGUUUUCUUCACCAAAGCAGCCUUGACGAGGAGUAUAACCAAAUGGGACAACAUGAGAAACCAGCCACCUCGAGUUCUCUUGAAAGGAAACACUCAGGAACUACAGAAGGAGCAGAUAAAGUGAGAAUUGGUCCUGGCACGAGUGGUAGCAACUGUGGGAAAGAGAGUAUAAUCAAAAUGGUGCAGACACCUACCACUUCCAUCUCUCCAGUUUUGCAGUCGCCUGGUGUUAAAAGUGGCCCUUCUGCGUUAAAAUCUCCACAGAUAAGUGGAUUAAAGCGUCCAGCUUCCAUUUGGAGAGACACAAGGUCUCGCCAAUCUCCUGGAGGCAAUGAUCCUCAUGAUGACUUUCUAGAUACUCCCAUUGAGAAUGUCAAAAGGGGCACUGUGGAAGAAAAACAUGUUCAGGAUGUUGCUAAGAAAGAUGAUUCAGACGACGAGACACAGGACAUGAAUCCUAAACCGAGUCCAUCACGGCAGCGAAUUCAAGUUGCAGAAUCGAGUAAGAAAAGUUUCAAGCAUGUGGAGUCAGUAAGGAAAAAAGCUGAGAGGGAGAAUUUGAAAGGGAUGGAGUGCAAACAAUGCAAGAAAUUCUAUGAUGCUGUUCAUCCUGAGAACGAUGGAAAUGGUAACAAAAGCUUGAGAUGUGAGCAUCAUGAAGGUGUGUCGAGGCAUCGUUAUAGAUACGCUCCUCCAAUGACCCCUGAAGGAUUUUGGAACAUCGGGUUCGAAUCCGAAAUGUGAUUACUGUAUUUACACAUAAUGCUUGGUUCUUUGGAUAGGAAGACCACAAUAAAAGUUAUUCUCUGGCAAUCUAGAAGAAAAUAGCAACUAAACUCCUAGGAUGAAUUAUUUAAUUCAAUGAUUUAAAGUCAA